AUGACGUGGAACAGGGUAGCCGGUGGCACUGCUCUGACGUUGACACGAAAUGACCAUACAUUCCCCUAUUCGCUGGCCAAGAGGGCCCGUCAGUCUCCCCGUGGGUCUGUCGACGAUAAUGUCACAUUUGUUGACAGCAAGCCCCUAUCUGAUCGCAGUAAGCUGCCCACAAUCGAAAAUCUCUACCCUCUACCGGCAGCUCGUUAUCUGGCGGCAUUUGCCAAACAAGUGGGCUAG